AUGGCUGCCAUGGCGGUGCUGCCUGUGAGCCCCUUCCGGGUCCAGCGACUGAAAGAGCAAAACCGGUUGAUGCCAUUCCAGAACACAGCGGGACGCCGCGUCCAGCGGAUCCAGGCUCGAGCAGCGGGGCGAUUGGAUGUGCAAGCGGUGCGACAGGGAGCGUCACGAGGGAGAAGCCCAUCUCUGCCAUGCAUCAUAUCCGCAUGCAGCUCCCGCUCCUCGCGGCUUAUCCACCCACCCCUCCUUGGGCCCUCCAGGUCGAUCCCUCAACUCUCAGGCGAUGCCACGUCACAGACCCCCCCGGACCUCCCCUCCUACCUGUUCAAGGAGAGAAUCGUGUACCUGGGAAUGCCCCUCAUGCCGCAAGUGACGGAGCUCAUGCUGGCAGAGCUCCUGUACCUGCAGUAUGAGAGCGUGACCGCCCCCGUCUUCAUGUACAUCAACUCGACCGGCGUAGCGAAAGGUGCCGGGAAGCUGGGAUACGAGGCCGAGGCUUUUGCCAUCUACGACACCAUGUGCUACAUCAAGCCGCCAGUGGCCACGAUCGCCAUCGGCAACGCCUUUGGCGAGGCGGCCAUGCUGCUGGCGGCGGGGGAGCCCGGGCGCAGGGCCGCGCUGCCCUCCGCCAGCAUCAUGAUCCGGCAGCCCAUCCAGCGAUUCCAGCAGAUGCAGGCGACAGACAUUGACAUUUACCGCACCGAGCUGCGGAAGACCAACGCCGAAGUGGUCCGCCUGCUGGCGAAGCACACGGGACACAGCGAGGAGCAGACUGCGAGCAACAUCAAGCGGCCGAGGUACAUGACGCCGUACGAGGCCGUGGAGUACAACCUGAUUGACCAGGUGCUGGAGCCCAACGACGAGGAGUUCAAGCAGGUGGUACGGGCAGCGCGAGGGGGCUGA